GUCAUCACAUCGCCCUAUGGGGAAGGAUGGUGUAAUGUUUUCGCUCGAUUAAUUUUUAACUUUCUACCAUGGAAUCUAAUAAUACCGACACCGAUAUUGGUGAUAAGUGUAAUUCUAACGGCGACUGUUCACCGACGCCCAAAAAACAAUCUUUCGACUUGAAUAACGCUAAAAAUAUUGAUGACAUCUCAACGCCUUCCGAGUUAAAAUUUGAUGAAGAACCCGACUACGAGGACGCUGAGGUGAAGGAGAAGAAGAAAUAUAUUGAGAAAUGUUUAGAGAACCCGGACUGUGUGAACUUGGAACAAUGGCAGAACUUCGCGAAGGGAAAAGCAGGAUUAAUCAGUGAUGACUACAGAAGGAAGAUCUGGCCGUUACUUGUUGGCGUCACACAGGAAGAGAUGACAGAACCCCCGUCAUUGGAUGAAUUGUCCACACAUAUUGAAUAUAACCAGGUGGUGUUAGACGUGAACCGUUCACUUAAGCGGUUCCCCCCAGGCAUUCCGUAUGAACAGAGAGUGGCGCUACAAGAUCAGCUCACCGUACUCAUACUGCGGGUGAUUAUGAAGUACCCGCAUUUGAAGUACUAUCAGGGCUACCACGACGUCGCAAUCACACUUCUCUUAGUCUGCGGAGACAGGGCUUCGUUCCCCCUGCUGUGCCGGCUGUCGUACGGGCCGGGGGCUCCGCUGGCGCCCUUCAUGCAGACCACCAUGCAGCCCACGCAGCACCUGCUCAACUAUAUGCUGCCCGUCAUUAGCAGGGCUGAUAGGAAGCUCGCUGAGUGUUUGGACAAAGCACAAGUAGGCACGAUGUUCGCGCUACCCUGGUACCUAACCUGGUUCGGUCACAGCCUGAACAAGUACACGGACGUGGUGCGUCUGUACGACUACUUCCUCUGCGCCCCCCCACUGUUCCCGGUGUACGUGACGGCCGCCAUAGUGCUGUAUAGAGCAGAUGAAGUGCAUAGCUGCGAAUGUGAUAUGGCGAUGCUGCAUUGCUUGUUGUCGAGGUUACCGGACGACUUACCUUUCGAAGACAUCCUGGUGACUGCAGAGAAGUUAUACGAUAACAACGACCCCACUGAUCUCGAACCAGAAGUCGCCGCGCUAGAGAGGAGAGAAGAAGAACAACGCAAACUAGACGAAGAACGUCUAAAACGCCGUCAAAUCGCGGCCCGGAACCGUAACACACUCACCUCCCGUCUCCGUGGCUACGUGCCGGCAGCGCUGCGGCGCUGGCCGCUGCCGCGCUACGUGCUGGCCACGGCCACGGUGCUGCUGGGCAUCUACGUGUACUACCGCCCCGACCUGCUGCUCAACAGAAGGCGCGAGAACGGCUUGGAAUUAUGACUGUAUGUAACGCGUACAGGAAUGAGGUACAAAAUAAAAUAAGCAUAUUUAUCCGGGUUUCUGUUUAUUUCUUUUAACAAUCUCACAUUGUAUUUUCAGCCAAUACAUUGUAAUAUAUUUAUAUCUUUUCACUAA